AGAGCUUUCCAAACGCGUCACAUUACAAACAUUUCAUGUAAAAACAGGCUUCAGGUGUUUCUUUUAUUAUCUUUUAGACCUUAAUAUAAAUAUUCUAGGUCUGAGAUGUUGUUGCUACUUAACAGGUGAACUCAUCAUGAGUGUUUAUAGUUUCAGCACUGACGUCUGUAUAGAGAGGAUAAAAGCUACUAGUGCACACUGGGGUUUUUCUCCCAGAAACCAAAAUGAAGCCCACCCACUAGCAUAGACAAAAAUCUUACACACACGCACGCACACACACCAACACGACAGAUACAAGCUUAAGGGAAACUCAGGAAAAAAACACCACUAGAACUUCCAAGUGCACCAACAAACACACCUUUAUGACAAUGUCUCCAGCGCUGGCUAGUUUGAGGUGGCCAUGUCUACUCCUGGUCCUCCUUCCUCUGGUCCAGUCAUGUGAAAAGGGAUCGGCACGAGACUGUGCCGAAGCAGACUUCGCUCCGGGGUCGGACCUCGCCGGGGAAGGCUUUGACAUCACCAAAAUGCAGCGAAAAGGUUCAUUUGUUAUCGACAUGAAAAGAUGGAAAUUCAAGGACAAAUCCUGCAUUCUGUGCCAGAACCCUUUCAUGGAGAGGAAGAAGCAGAAGCUCCCGGUUUCGGUGGUGGACUGGAGGCCGAGUCAGAAGUGCAGAAUGACAGUGUCCAGCUCUGUCUACCAGUCCAGCGAGUCCCUGGUCAGCGCCAGCACCUCCUCUAUAGAGAACAACUGGAGCGCGAAUUUGGGAAUCGAUAUGAAGAGAGGUGCAGGGUCACUCACGUUGGCUGGAAGCAACUCCAAGCUGGCCGAGUAUUCGAUGGAGAAAACCAAAAAGGACAGGUUUAGUUUCACCAGUCACAGUGUUUCCUGUGGAUAUUACAGUUACAGGGUUUCUAACAAGCCGAUAAUUCAUCCAGAGUUUAAACAAGCCCUGAGUCAUCUCCCCAAGCAGUACAGUGCUCAGUUCAAGCCACGUUUCUACAAGUUAAUCGACAACUUCGGCACACACUUCAUCACCAAGGUGACCCUGGGAGGAAAGGUCCACUCGGUGACCAGUAUCAGACAGUGUCAGACAUCUCUGCAGGGUCUAAGUGUUGACGAGGUAAAGACGUGUCUGGACGUGGAGGCGACUGCCAGCGUGUCGGGCAAAGCUACAAGCAGCGCUAACACCAAGCACUGCGAUGAAGCCAAGGAUAAGACUGAGAGUAAAAACAGCUUCUCCAGCAACUUCAAUGACCGAUUAACAGAGAUCUCAGGAGGCCACACCACAGAGCCCGAGCUCCUCUUCUCGGCAGAUAAAGACCCCGGAGCCUAUAAAGAGUGGCUGUCGUCUGUGCCGAUGCACCCAGACGUGAUUUCCUACUCUCUCCAGCCCCUGCAUGAGCUUCUUCCCACCAACAACCCGAUCCGAAAGCAUCUGCGCAAAGCCAUUCAUGACUUCAUCCUGGAGAAAUCUCUGUGGAGAAACUGCUCUGAUCCAUGCAGCAUCGGAAACAAACCCAAUCCUAAAGAACCGUGUUUGUGUGCAUGCAGGAAUAACCCCGGCGUGAACCCUGACUGCUGCCCCACCAAACGCGGCAUCGCUAGGGCCAGGGUGACUGUACUAAGGGCAUCAGGGCUAUGGGGAGAUCACACGACUGGGACGGACGGGUAUGUCAAAGUUUACAACAAAAACAGCAUGUUGAUCGGACGCACACCAGUGAUCUAUAACAACAACAAUCCCCAUUGGACUAUGCCCUUCGACCUUGGUGAUGUCAUCCUGUCAGAUGUUGACCCUUUAAAGCUAGAGGUGUGGGAUGAGGACAACAAAUGGGAUGAUGACCUGCUCGGAGCCUGCACCGUCCCCUUGAAAGCAGGUGUUUCUGAGAAUUUCUGCAGUUUAAAUCAUGGUGUUCUGUAUUAUAAAACCGAGGUGGUAUGUGCGCCAAGUUUAGCGGGUCCAUCAUGCACCGAUUACAUUGGAUCGCCCAUGAAUUUUAAUGUGGAGAAGGCGUAUGUUUCCCGCCACUCUCAACCUGUUCCACGGGACGUGCUGCUGGAAAUGGGCGUUAUCCUCGAAGAACCGCCACUUAGUGUUAAGCUGAUUGGAUACGAUCCCAACAAAAGUGUGAUGCAGCUUUUGUAGUGAGGUUCAGUACUUCCUUACAUCCAUGGUAAAGAGAUAUGCAGCAACCCCGACUGAUUCCUUUUCUUUGUUAAACCUGCUUGCUAAUAGAAACCAACAUUUUAAGUAAAUAAAAAAAGGAAUAAAACAUAAGGAGAUGAUGGGGAGUUACAAAGAACUGAGACUCGAGACUCCUUACGCGAUAAACCGCCUACAUCUUGUAUCUGUUUCAUUAUUUGUAAAUUGUUGUUCAGGUUAAUUACAAUAAGGCAUUUCAAAUAUUUAUAUAUUUAUGUUUGUAUGCAGCGAUUCAAUAUUGUGAUGUGUGUUAGCUUUUCAGUAUCAUACAGUAUUGUGUAUUCAGCUUCAUGUGAAUUUUAAUAAAGACUUAAUGAG